AGGUCUUUGGAAAGGUCGUAAUGCUAAUCAAGCCAGCGCUAAAGGAUGGACAAAUUUUACACCAUGCUUUCCUCCAGACCUGCAAGCUCUAAUCGUUGAAGUUUUCAAUGAACACAACGCACAGAUCAUUGCUAAAUAAAAGAGUGCAAAUUCAUAAAUGUUUGUUUACAACAAUGUUGUUUCAAAUAUUUAUGCAUUUGACUCUUUAUUUGGAUCAGGCAGUUAACCCUAUCAAUGGUUCGUUAAAUCGGCUUAAUAAUACACAAGGAAUUGACAGCAUUCCGACUCUGUGUGAGGCCAUUUACGUUGCUAUGGAAAGCAGUAUUUCAGCUACAUUCACGUGGAUUCUCCUAGAGGGAAUUUACUUGAAUUUCUUAGUUUCGAAAAAGGCAUUACAAUCCAAUUUUGAUUUGAAGAUAUAUUUCUACAUUGGUUGGGGAUUUCCCUUUAUUUUAACUUUUAUUUGGGCUAUUAUCACUUGGCUCUUCUAUAAAGAUGAAAAAAUUAAAACAUGCUGGUUUGGUUAUAACUUGGCAGCUAGUUAUUGGUGCCUCCAAGGACCACGCUUAUGUAUUAUAUUAAUAAAUGUACUUAUAUUAAUAAGAGUACUUAACACAGUAAUUACUAAAUUACGCGCUCAAAAAACAUCUGAAUUAGAAAAAAUUAAAAAAGCGGUUAAGGCUACAUUACUUUUACUUCCGCUACUCGGAAUCACAAAUUUGCUAACCACUUUUGAUAUUCCUAUUACAACUAAUGUAGAACUCUUCAGAGUAUGGUGUUACGCACGACAAUUUAUGAAAUCUUUCCAAGGAUUCUUCUUAAGUUUAAUUUAUUGUUUUUUCAAUGGGGAGGUGAGAUAG